UAAAGAUGCUCUCUAAAUUGAAGUUAUUUUAUGUUUUUCCCAUUGUAUAUAUAUUAAAUAUGGUAACGGUUAGUAAAAUGUUGCGAGUCGUGUUGAUGUGUGCCCGAAAUAUUUCAACUUGUUUUAGCCUUGUAUUCUGAAAACUUAUUGGCUAAUUCCAACCAGGGUAGCUUGCAUAGCCUGCUAACGUUACCUACAUUUGAUAUCAGAGUUAACAUUAUAGGCUGCUAGUUGCGUAGCUGCACGGGGAUGAGCGUAGGAAGGUUAAGAUAUUGUUCUUAGAUAUACGACUGACCUCUUUUUUGUGCGGUUAUUUUUUCAUAUUUAAGACAUUUUAAUACAGUGACUGUGCUGUUAUUAUUCAAAGAGUGUUGUCAGCUCAUACUAGCCAGCUAGUUGUAUGUAGCCAGCAAGCUAUCCUAUGUUAGCUAAGUUGACUUAAUUAACGUCGCCAGCUAGCGAGCUAAUGUGAGCAGCAAAGCCCUUAUCAACUAAACAAGAAGUUCAUCAAAAUAUUAGGCUAGUUACUCCCUCCUGUGGGGAUUCGAGUCCAGGAGUCUCGACCGGAUCUGACAACAUAGACUUCAAUCCCUCGGCUGACAUGUUAGUCCAUGAUUAUGACGAUGAACGGACUCUCGAGGAGGAGGAGAUGCUGGAGGGAGAGACCAACUUCAGCAAUGAGAUAGAGGACCUAGCCAGGGAGGGAGAAAUGCCCAUUCAAGAUCUCUUAAAUCUUUAUGGUUAUGGAAAUGCUGUCUCCCUGGAAGAGGAGGAGGAGGAGGAGGAUGAAGACGACGAAGAGGAGGAGGACGGUGAAGAUGAAGAUGAUGAUGAAGAAGCAGAAGAUAUAGUUAACGAUGAGAGCAGCAGAGGUGCUGUACAGUCGAAAAGGAAUAAGGGGGAAAGGAACGUCUCUGCAGGACAAGCUGAGGAGUAUGGGCCUUCCAGUGAUGGCUGCACUCGUUCUGGCAAAUCUCACGGGACUGCAGAACUCAUCCGUCCGCAGAAGUUCUUUGAAAAUAAUGAAGUUGAAGAAGAAUCAGAAGAUGAUGAAGAUUACAUUCCUUCGGAGGACUGGAAGAAGGAGAUCAUGGUUGGCUCAAUGUAUCAAGCUGAAACUCCCUCAGGAUUGUGUAAAUAUCAAGAAAAUGAAAAAGUGUAUGAAAAUGAUGAUCAGCAACUGUGGAAUCCUGAAUUUCUUACGGAAAACAAAGUUGUGGAGUUUUUAACCGAGGCUUCAAGACGGACUGGAGACGAGAGGGGAGUUGAUGCCAUCCCUGAAGGAUCACAUGUCAAAGAUAAUGAGCAGGCCCUGUAUGAGUUGGUGAAGUGUGAGUUUGAUACUGAUGAAGCCCUCAGAAGGCUGAGGUUUAAUGUGAAAGCUGCACGAGAAGAGUUGUCUGUCUGGACAGAGGAGGAGUGUAGAAACUUUGAACAGGGCUUAAAAGCCUAUGGAAAAGAUUUUCAUUUAAUACAGGCCAAUAAGGUGAGAACAAGGUCCGUAGGCGAAUGUGUGGCCUUCUAUUACAUGUGGAAGAAGUCUGAGCGGUAUGAUUUCUUUGCGCAGCAGACCCGACUUGGAAAAAGGAAAUAUAACCUUCAUCCUGGGGUGACGGAUUAUAUGGACCGUCUGCUGGACGAGACGGAGAGUGCGUCCUCCAGCAGGGCGGCCUCCCCGCCUCCCACGGCCUCCAGCAGCAGCACCAGCCUCUCGGAGCGGGACGAGGUGCUCAACCACAACGGCGUAAACAGCAUUGGUGCCGGGUCGUACCCAUCUUCACAGCUCCUGUGUGGGGGGGGUCAGGUGAAGAGUGAGGGUCCAGUCCAGUCGAACGGCCCUGCCUACAUGCACUCCUCCUCCUCCUCAGCCCCGGACUCCAACGGCUGCGACCUCACCGAGACGCCCAGUUCCAAUGGCAACGGGGAGGCGGGGCUCCAUAACAACUGCCAAGUGUACGAGCCACUCGCCAAGAAGUGCCGGACUGAUGGGGAGCCUCUGGCUGAGCUGGAGGCCUCCCGGGCGAAGGAGGACUGAAGCCACACACACACACACACACCCCAAAUUCUAGACCAAAUCCAUAGCCAAGAUGGCAGGCAGCACUCUGAUUGUACCCAGCACAGUGCCCCCCCCCACCCCCUCCCCCCCAAGCAAAACAAACAGUGGAGAGGACUGAGGCAUCCUCACAUCAACACUCCAGAUUGUUUAUAUCAUUCUGCCCCUUUCUUCCAGGGACUGUCGACACAGGAAGAAAAAAAGGUUAUUUUCAAUGUUUGUAUGGCAAAUUGUCUGUAAUAUUUUUUUAACUAUAUAUAUUUAUAUUUUCUAUAAAAGUAUAUAAGUGGUUAAAUUGCUGUCGAAGCCAUUUUAAGUAGGGAAGGGGAAUGGGAGUGACAUUUGUUAGGUUAACUUGACUCUGCUACUGAGGUUUAACGGUGGGGAGUUCAGGCAAAUGAAGAUGCACUUUUUAUUCUCUUUUUGUGUUCCUUUUCCGAAUGAAAUGGGUGAAAUCAUGUUAGUGAAUACAGUUACAGUAGUUUAUAACAAUAACUUAAGGAGGCGAGAGCUGCGACCCAUUUUGUUUUUAAAUAAGCCAGUGGGGAGAUCCCCAAGGUUUGUUAGGCAGCAUUUGACAUCAGUGAUGUCUCUUAUCAAACACCAUAGUCGGCACACUAGCUCUAUUUUUUAAUAUUCUUAGUUUCCUUGGGCUUUUUCCAACACUCAUUUCUUUGUGUAAGAAAAGCAUGUAUAUCAUGUAUUUGACAUGUAAAGUUUGUAUAGAUUUCUUAACCUGUACAGCUCUCUUUUGAUAACCACACUGUAAAUCUAUCUGUUGUCUUUUGUCUAAAUUCCUGUGUAAGACCACAAAAUCCAUCAUCAAGAAAGGACAUAUUCAUGUGCUUAACGGCAAACUGGAUCUUAACACGAGAUAUUCCCUCAGUGAAACAGACGGCUGAAUGUUGGGCAUUUCCCUAUUGCAGAAUGUAUGCAGUAGUGUAUGUCUCGUGGGCCUGACUGGUCUGAGCAUUUAUUGCAGUUAAAAAUGUUGGCCAAAUUAAGGACAAAUUGACCUAAUGUAAAGUUGAUCAUUACUCCUACAGACUUUACAUUGGAAUUUGAACCUGUCUCUUCAAAGCAUGUUGUGUAAGUCCCAGUUCAUGGGUGACUUGCUUUGUUGUUCUUGGUCCUUGGUGGAGGCGAUGUAGGAGUACUAGACUGCCGGCAAUACUGUGGAAUAAAAUUACAAUUGUGAAAGAGUUUCGUACUAAAUUCUCUGAUUGAAUUCUAAUAUUGCACCUAAAAAAUAUUUUUUAGUUGUACAGCCAGCUCUGCUUCUCUUUGUUGAUACUGUAAAUGUCAAAGUUCCAUUUCCUUUCUCCAUUUUGACAUCAGUAAUGUACUGUACAUUUUCUUGGAUUUUACCAUUGAUCAUUUUAAUAAAAAAGGUUUUCCAGGAA